UACAAGAAAACUCGAUUGAAAUUGAAAAGAAAAAAGAAAGAAAGUAAACAAAGAAAAAUAGAAAAGCAGCUAACAUAGACUGAAAAAAGCAGUAAAAGAGAGGCCGUGUUCAACACUUUAUACUCUCUCUCUCUCUCUUAGGGUUUCACAGCGAUCUCAAUCAAACAUGGAAAGUGAUGGGAAAUUGGAAGUGCAAAUAGAGACACUGUUGAAUGUGGAGAAGCAAAUGAGACAAGCUGGAGAUGUUGCGGGUACGAGGAAAGCCGCUACUGAUAUUAUUCAGCUAUGCUUCGAUGCUCGUGCUUGGAAUACACUUAAUGAACAGAUUGUUCUCUUGUCUAAGCGUCGUGGACAAUUGAAACAGGCUGUACAGGCUAUGGUCCAACAAGCGAUGCAGUAUAUUGACCAGACACCUGAUCUUGAAACUAAGAUAGAACUCAUCAAGACACUUAAUAAUGUAUCUGCAGGAAAGAUAUAUGUUGAAAUUGAGAGAGCCCGUUUGAUUAAGAAACUUGCAAAAAUUAAAGAAGAACAAGGACACAUAGACGAGGCUGCUAAUUUGAUGCAAGAAGUUGCGGUUGAAACUUUUGGAGCAAUGGCAAAAACAGAGAAGAUAGCUUUUAUUCUUGAACAAGUGCGUCUCUGUUUAGAUAGUCCAGAUUAUGUUCGUGCACAAAUACUCUCAAGAAAGAUCAAUCCCAAAGUGUUUGAAGCCGAUCCUUCUAAAGAAAAGAAGAAACCAAGAGAAGGUGACAAUGUAGUUGAAGAGCCUGCUCCAGAUAUUCCAUCACUGUUAGAGUUGAAGCGAAUCUACUAUGAAUUGAUGAUUAGGUAUUACUUUCAUAACAAUGAUUACCUAGAGAUAUGUCGCUGUUACAAGGCCAUAUAUGAGAUCCCUUCUGUAAAGGAAGACCCAGCACAAUGGAUACCAGUGCUGAGGAAGAUUUGCUGGUAUUUGGUUUUGUCACCGCAUGAUCCUAUGCAGUCGAGUCUUCAUAACUCAACUUUGGAGGACAAGAAUCUUUCAGAGAUCCCUCAUUUCAGGUUGCUUCUGAAACAAUUAAUUACCAUGGAAGUCAUUCAGUGGACAUCAUUAUGGAAUACCUUCAAGGAUGAGUUUGAAAAUGAGAAGAAUAUGCUUGGUGGUUCCUUGGGUGACGAGGCAGCUAAAGAUCUUAGACUGAGAGUUACAGAGCAUAACAUUCUUGUUGUCUCAAAAUACUACUCGAGGAUAACUCUGAAGAGAUUAGCAGAUUUAUUGUGCCUAGAAAUUCAGGAUGCUGAAAAACAUCUUUCCGAAAUGGUUGUAUCAAAAGCACUGGUCGCGAAGAUUGAUAGACCUGUGGGUAUAGUCUGUUUUCAACCUGCAAAAGACAGCAACGACAUUUUAAAUUCAUGGGCUUUUAAUUUGGAGAAGUUGCUCGACCUUGUUGAGAAGAGUUGUCACCAAAUCCACAAGGAGACAAUGGUGCACAAAGCUGCAAUAAGGGCUUGAAAGACUGGCAGAACUCUAUGAGGUAGCUCAUCAAUUAUGGUAAUUGUCAUCGGGGAGCAGUUAUGUGACAAAAUUGAAACCGUUUUGCAGUCUGGCCUGCCCACGCUUAAAGGGGAAAAAAAGCUCGUAAUUUUGGACCCUCUACCUCUGCUAUCUUCGUCUGCCUGCUUGCUUUCCUCAGCUUCCUGGCUUAGACUUUUUCUUUUUGUACUUUUUUUCUUCUUGUAUUAUCCAGAUGCUUUAGUCAUUGUGAUCAACAACUAAACGUUGAUGUUAAGAGAUCAUAGGUUUGUUGAUA